AUGAGGACAAUAGUAGAUCGUGAAUGGAUGUAUGAAAGGGUUAAUGGGAAAUUUUUCAGUUCUACCUAUGUAAAAAAAGUCGACGAGUUUAAUGAAUUUGCUUGUAAGCAAGACAAUGUCAUGAUUGAUGGACUAUUGAAGUUUCCAUGUGCAAAAUGUCGUAAUGUUCCUUAUAUGAAUCCCGAUGAAGUAAAAUUCCAUCUCUAUCAAAAUGGGUUCCGUCCUAAUUACCACACAUGGACUUUUCACGGAGAAGAUGAUUUUGACAUUAACAUUCCACAUAGUGGUUACGCUUCAACCGAAGAAGUAUCAAACCCAUAUAAGAGCAUGGUUACAGAUGCAUUUGGACCUAAUUACCAGUUGGAGUAUUCAUUAGAAGGAUCAUAUGAUGUUGAAGAACCAAUUCCCGAGUUCAAAAAGUUCAUUAUCGUGCUCAAAGCUGUUGAGAAACCUUUAUAUGAUGGCUGUAAAUUGUCUAUGUUAUCCGUUGCUGCAAGGAUAACUAACUUGAAAUGCGAGUACAACAUGCCGCACAAAGCCAUCGAUUGUGUUGCUUCGUUGAUCAAGGAUAUUUGUCCAGAAGUUAAUAACAUGACUGAGACCUUUUAUAGAACUCGAAAAUUAAUUGCUUGGCUAGAGCUACCUCACCAUAAGAUAGAUGUAUGUCCUAAUGGGUGUAUGUUAUUUUUGAAGGAGAAUAGUGAUCUUGAAAAAUGUCUGACUUGUAAAGUAAACCGCUACAAGACUUCAAGAUCAAAAAGCAAAAAAAGUCCUAGAAAAGUGUUGUUCUACCUUCCCAUUGCUCCGAGGUUGCAAAGAUUAUAUGCAACAAAGUCUACAUAG